AUGAGCUUUGAAUCCACAACAAUCAGUUUCUUCGUCAUCUUUCUAAUUUUCUUCAUUUGCAUCUUCCUUUUACUGGUGGUUUUUUUAUAUAAAUGUUUCCAAGGCAAGAAAAAGGAGACAGAAAAAGCUCUUUGUACAGAUGCUGACGGAGGUGCAGAUUGUUCAGUUGCUAAUGUGGAGAUGAACAACUUAGGAGACAGAGAGAAAGUCCUAACACAAAUCACGAACUUGGAUGCACCAGUGAGGCCUGGCAUUCUUGUCCAAAGACGGAGUAAGGAAGUGGUGGCCACAUCCUUAGAAAACAAUGAGAACAUGGGGGCAGAAGAGGACAAAACAGAAGAGAAGCAAGAGCCUGCGGAUGAUGGAGAAACGGGUCAACAGGUGAUUACCAGUUUGCAGAAAACAACCAAACCUCUCAGUAGAACUGCUUCAGCUAUUGAAAGCCAAAAAAGAGCUUUAAAAGGAGUGACAUUUUCUAGGGAGGUAAUUGUUGUGGAUCUUGGGAAUGAAUACCGUAAACCUCGAAGCUAUACUCGAGAACAUAAAGAGAGAAAAUGA